AUGACCGAGCCUUUUUGUUCUUUCCUUGAGACUUGGAAUGCCCCAGUAAAGACUAUUGCACCACCAAAUCGACUACCCAUAAAGACAUAUGUCGGCCCAGAUAUGGUUAUCCCACAGUUUGGUGAAUGGGCAAGAUAUAUCAAGAGUUUGAAAUGGAGCGAAUCAAUGGAGAAAAAGUUUCACAAGUCUCAACUUCUCCAGGACCUGAUUGAUAUGCCGAGCCUUCAGGAGCCAACUCUCCGCGUGGAAAAAGAACAAAUCUGGACACCAGCUCUAUUUUCAGAGUGUCUUGAGGGCAGCAUGAAAAAUAUUGAAAGCGCAUUGAUACAGGUUGUUGGCAAUUGCGAAGAAAUGCCAUGCAAGCACUGUAUAAAUGGCCAUGGGCUAUUUGCUCACUGCUUGCGGGUGCCAAAUACCCCAGCGUGUGGAAAUUGCCAUUGGGCUGCAAAUGGUGCCCGUUGCAGUUUCAAUACCCAAACCACUUUUCUAAAAGGCCCCUUCCGCAAAAUUCAGGCUCGGUAUGACUUGAUAGACUUCGAUGAAGUUGAUGAUAAUCAGGAGGCGCCAAAAAGCACUAGCCGCAAACGCAAAAUCCGAGAAAAGACUUUCAACGUGAAUGAAGUUGAUGAUGAUAAGAAGGAGGUGAAAACUCUCCGUGAGGAGCUUGAUCGGGUGGAGGAGCACCGCUACCUUCAGGGCCAGCAUUUCAGAGCUUCCCGCCAGAAUCUUUCUCUUCCAACUGAUCAAGUCAAUCUUAUGGCUACGGAAAAUUCUACUAUUACGUCUGGAAUUGCUACUUGUCAUGAAAAAGCUCGGGCGUUCCGUGAUGCCCAUGAGAAGCUGGAAGCUCAGAUUGCGAUGAUGGAUACUACUAUCUGCCGUAUCACGGACCGAAUGCUUGCUCCUGUGGAUCGGGAGCUUCUCCCCUAA